AUGCAAAGGCCAGCAGAGUUUACGAACAGGGAAGCAGGAGUAGGAGAUGAAGGUUGCUGUGAGGAUAAAUCCAUAUUGGGUGCAUUCUCGUCUCGACCGCAAUCCACAUCCGGUAAUACACAAAGUAAAAUCAGAAACAUGUCGACAGCACCUACGCGAAAUGGCCAUCGUGGGGGUAAUCACAUAAAUCCAAAUCACCCAUACCUAACAUCCGACAAUUUGUCGUUCGCGCCUUCCUCGCCACAAAAGGGAGGAGACGUCGAGGCGACACUAAACGACAUUAACAGUCAAACCAAUUUUCUCUCGCGCGAACAGAUUGAAGAUGCGGCGGCAAUGCUGGCACAACUUGCCACCACCCCUUCAAAAGACACCUCAUAUCUAUCCCUCUUUCAAAAUCCCACCAACGCUACCAAAUAUCUCGAUGAAAAACAACCUAUACUGCAUCAUCAUCAUCAAUCGGCGCAUCAAGAAGUGUCAACUUCUAAAAAACAUUUAAAAAGAAGUGUCUCCUUUAAUCAUUCUAGUAGACCCACCUCUCCACGUCAACAAACCUCGUCAUCCAGUUCGUACAUUGAUGUGGCGGAAGUGUUGGCUACCACUGUGUCACUUGUCCGAGAGAACAAUAGGAAACUCGAUAAGACAAUUGAUGAGGUUCGAGGUGAAAACGCCCACAUCGGCAUGAGGAAUAAUGAUAUCGAGUAUGAAAUAUUAUCGCUUAGUAACCAGCUAACGAACAUGGAAAAUAAGUACAGAGAACAAUUAUUGGGCAAAGAAAAAUUGAUAGAAGAAUUGGACAAAGAUAGUCGACGAAAAAGUGAAAUGAUGCAAAAUCAAGGUCCGGAUGCUCAGACCACCGAGACAAUACGUCAAAUGGAAGCCGAGCUACGUGCCAAGAAUAAAGCAAUCACAGAACUAAAUAAGCGGAUCACGGUCACCGCACGACAAGUUAGUGACUUAAAAGAAAAAGAAAAGAAGUUGGAGGCAAUAUCAAAUCAACUCGCACGAUAUCAGACACUGGAGGCUGAGUGGAAAGAUAAACAGGCAACUCUCGAUGGACUUUCAUUACAAUUAGAGACACUUCGUCAGCGAGAAGCUGAACUUCAUGAAAAGGACGCUUUAAUCGAAUCUUUAAAUAUACGAUUAGAUACUUCUCAACAGGUGAUCGCAGAACUGAGGGAGAAACAUGCUCCACAUGAUUUGCUCAGACAAUUGCGGCAAAAAGACUAUAUAAUCGAUAACUUGACCCAACAGGUUGAAAAUAUCGAUGCAGAUCUAAAGGAAAAAGAUGACGAGAUUGAAGCGCUUGCCUCUAAGUUGGCUGAAGAAGCAAAGCUGAUGGAAAAAUUAAAAGAACAAAAUUCACAAUUAGUCCCAUUACGAACAAAGGCAGAGGAGGCUGAGAAAAGAAGCGCUCAAUUAAGGCAACAAUUGACCGAAAAAGAACGAGUACUCGCUGACCUGGAGUACAAGUAUCGUGAGUCAUCACGAUCGGUAGAGGAUAGUGAUGAAAAAUUACGUGCACAGGAAAAAACAAUCAAUACACUUCGCCAAGAAAUUGUAGAAUUACAACGUGUACUGAACGCUCAAUCUGCAGAAAAUCGUGGACUUUUCAAUGAAAAUCAUCAUAUCCGUUCAAAUUUUCAAGGUCUCUUGGACGCCUUAUCCGAAAAAGAUCAAAAAAUCCUGCAGCUCGAUCAGCACAUUGAAAGUCUUCAACAACAGGCUGCCGCAGCUGCUGCCAAAAAUCAACUCGCUGUCGGAGGUGUUAAGGAUUCAAAGAACAAUAAAAAUGAAGUGCGAUUUAACGCUCUUCAAAAGGUAUUAAACACCAAAAUCGAGCAAUGCCGAGAUUACGAAAAGAAAAUUUCUCAGCUUGAAGAGGAGUAUUCCAAUCUCAAGAAACAAAUGGACGAUAAUAAGACCGCCGUGUCCGAAAAAGAUAUUAAGAUUCAACGAUUAGCCAAGAUUACUCGUGACUUAAAGGAAGAAGUAACGCAGCUCAAAGAGAAAAUGGAGGAAAAAGAGAAAGAGUUGACCAUUUUAAAGUCUCGUAUUCCUACUCCAGCUCCGGGGAGUGCACCUGCAGCCUCCAUCAGAUCAACCGCAAAGUCUGUCCGAUCGAGAGUCUCGUCCAUGUAUAGUUUGAGUGGAGGUGAAAGUAGCAGCGAUGAAGCAAAAGUCACCGGUCGUCGUGUUCGUAAAGCAGCAAGUCUCGGUGGAUUUGAAAGUCCAUUAAGAUCUCGAAGUGUGACUAGCACUAGCAUCACUUCGAGGCGGCUUUCGGAUGCCUCGAAGAAAUCUUCAGUCACUGUCAGUUCAAGGUUAUCAACAUCAACUUCAUUAUCAAGAACAAAAUCCUCUACAUCACUUUCAUCUGCUACUAAUGAUGGAGAAAGCGCAUUUAAGAAGAAGGCAGCAUUAACUAAACUUGCCGUCAAGCCUCAAGUCAAGCCUCGAGGACCUCCAAUCAAGCCAACUACGAGUACAGUUGACGUAUUGAAAAAGGCACCCAAAAAAGAAGUUAGCCCAAUUAAUCGUUCCGCAGUGACUCAGCGUAAACGUGAUAUGGUUGUAUUGACCAAUAUGUUAAGCGGAGUGGCAUCAGAUCGCAAGAAUCGUAUUUUAACGCCAGCACAAAGACGUGCUACGUCGAUGGCGACACCAUCAUCUGCGUUGACAAAUAGCAAAAAAAAGUUGACUGAUAAUGCCGUGUCCAGUGAUAGUGAUAGCGAACGUGUCAAGAGAACUGUCGCAUCAAAAGCCAGCACUCUAAAAAAGCCCAAUAGUAAUUUAGCGACCAUCGUCGAGAGAAUCCGCAAAGGUGAUGACAAUUCUGUGAAGCUCGCAAAUACUACUCAAAAUGGCAGCAGCAGUAAUGACUCUAAUGCUGCUGGUAAACAGAGAACUUCACUUGUACGUCCAUUACCUUCAAGAAAGCCGUCAUCGAACGCGUAA